AUGAACUGUAGUGAUACUGUUGGCUAUACAAUUGAUGCGUUGCAACUUUCGGAUGGUCGAUCAAAACGAAAAAAAGUUCAAAUCAAAAAAGAGGAGGUGGAAGUUGGCGCAGAUUUCCAGGAUCGUUAUCUGUGUAAUCAAUGCGGUAAAUCAUAUGCAACUAGUUCAAACUUAUCACGGCAUAAACAAACUCAUCGGUCACUGGACAGUCCACAUGCCAAAAAAUGUCCACACUGUGAUCGGGUUUACGUUAGUAUGCCGGCUUUAAGUAUGCAUUUGCUGACACAUAAAGCGAUUCAUAAGUGUUCGAUAUGCGGAAAGAACUUCUCUCGGCCUUGGCUUCUGCAGGGCCAUAUGCGAGCGCAUACCGGCCAAAAACCAUUUGGUUGUGCGCACUGCGGGAAGGCCUUUGCGGAUCGUAGCAAUCUGAGGGCUCACAUGCACACACAUUCUGGUAUUAAACGGUAUGGUUGCAAUGGAUGUGGAAAAUUGUUUGCAUUGAAAAGUUAUUUGAACAAACAUAUUGAAUUGGUAUGUCCCGUAAAACGCGCGCAACGACUGCAAACAGAGACAACGAUCGGUAAACUGAACUGCGAGAAUGUUGAGGUGCAAAAUUAUGAGACAUAA